AGAAGAAGGAUACACACAAAGUUGUCUGCAGUAUGCAGGAAGGACCCCAGAGCAACGGAAAACCAGCAAAACAGACCGGCUUGGCUCAACACUGGUAGCAGCAGAUCGCGCACCCGACGCGACCCAGACCGCCCGCCGACGCCGCUCGCACCCCCCGUCUCUCUCUCUCGGCGACCCUCCCUUCUCCGACGACCGGCUGCCACCCCCGUCCGCCCUCGCCGCCAGAUCCGCGCGGCCACGCCCACCCUCACCCGCUCUUCCUCUCAGGCCUCGGCAGAUCUACGCGGGCGGCGGCCGUCCCUAGCCAUGAUUAAUUUCGUGCUCCUAAUCAGCCGCCAGGGCAAGGUGAGGCUCACCAAGUGGUACUCGCCUUACACCCAGAAGGAGAGGACUAAGGUCAUCCGUGAGCUUAGUGGGCUCAUUCUUACUCGAGGUCCAAAACUCUGCAACUUUGUCGAGUGGAGAGGUUACAAGGUUGUGUACAGAAGGUAUGCCAGCCUCUAUUUCUGCAUGUGUAUCGAUGCUGAUGACAAUGAGCUCGAAGUCCUUGAAAUUAUCCAUCAUUUUGUUGAGAUACUCGACCGCUAUUUCGGCAGUGUAUGCGAGCUGGAUUUGAUAUUCAAUUUCCACAAGGCCUACUAUGUACUGGAUGAGAUUCUCAUUUCUGGCGAGCUUCAGGAAUCUAGCAAGAAGAAUGUUGCAAGACUUAUUGCUGCACAGGAUUCGUUGGUGGAGGCUGCUAAAGAGGAAGCUGGCUCCAUCAGUAACAUCAUUGCCCAGGCUACGAAGUAAAAGCCUGCUUCUGAUGAUGCCCCUCCGCUCUUUGCUUUAUGUUCAUGUUGGUAAAUUUGAUGUAAUAGCUCCGUUGAUGUAUCCAUUUUCCCAAAGAAACACGACUUCCUGGAUUCGGACCUGUUCAGAAUGAGUGUCAUGUAACUACAUUGUGUGUGUGUUCCUUUGCAACUGAAUUUGGGACCCUUCAAGAUAAAAUUAUCAUGGAGAUUGUUCGCCAGUAAUCUGUUUAGUGGAUAUAUUAAGAAAUAUUUGUAAAUUCAUGAUCAUAAUUCAGCAGCUCAUUCUUUGUGUUUAA